AUGAGUGACACUAGAAAGCGAAGCAGCAUCUGGCUGCAGUUUAAAGAUAUUGGGAACAAGAAAGCAGAGUGCCUUCACUGCAAAACGAAGGUCACUAUAAGAGCAGGUUCCACCACAAACCUGCAUAGACAUACAAGAACUGUCCAUCCUACAGUGCAGUUAGAGGAGAGAGGGCAAGCCAGCUCACCAUCUACUGAUCCUGGUGUGUCUCAUACCAGAACAACAGCUGCUGUAACGUCUACUGCCAUCCCCAUGCGUGCAAGUAUAACCUCUCCUACUGCAACUCAAAGCAAAAUAAGUCAGUUUUUACCUAAACUGAUGACCCCAGCCAAACAGCACAGUAUUGAUGAUGAGUUGGCUAAAAUGGUAGCUUCUGAUUUUCAACCCUUUUCCAUUGUGGAGGACAAAGGAAUGAAAAACUUUGUCAAAGCCCUAAAUCCCACAUACACUCUACCCAGUAGAAAAACACUUUCCCAAACAAUGAUCCCAAAACUAUAUGACACAGAACGUGCAUUAUGGCAAGAAAGGGUGACAAAAGCUCCAUCAGUUUGCCUGACAACUGACUGCUGGACCUCCAGAACAACCUGCUCUUUCAUGUCUGUCACUUGCCACUUUAUUGAAGAUUACAAGAUGACAUCUUGCCUUCUGGACUGCUUCGAGUUCACCGACAGACACACUGCAGAAAACUUGGCAGUGGAGCUACUAAGAGUGGCAAAAGAGUGGCAAGUAGAGGACAAAGUGGUGUGCUGUGUGAGUGAUAAUGCUGCAAACAUCACCAAAGCCAUAAAAGUUUUGAAGUGGACCCAUCACCCAUGUCUGGCGCAUACACUAAACCUGGUGGUUAGAGAUGCUCUGAAGGUGAUCAAAACAACCGUGGAUAAGGUGAAGGCUGUUGUGGAGUUUUUCCACAAAAGCACAGUAGCAGCACAGAAGCUAAAGUCCACACAGCGCCAAAUGGGGAUUCCUGAACUGAGGCCCAAACAAGAGUGUGCCACCAGGUGGAACUCAACAUUUGAUAUGUUGAAACGAAUGCUUGAAAUAAAAGAUGCCAUCAUCUCCACCCUGGCCCUCAUCAACGCAUCUAUUGAGCCAUUAAGCCAAGAGGAAUGGGAGCUGGUGAAAGAGGUCUGCGCCGUCCUGCAACCAUUCCAGGAGGUGACUGUGGAGAUAAGUGCAGACAGGUACCUAGAACCAUUGAAGCAUUGUUUUCUCUACUACUAUUCAGUCACUAUUAUACAUUGCAAACACAACACAUACAGUAUAAUGCAUCACGUAUAAUAUGCCACAUACUUUUAAAAAACUAAAUUCUAAAAGUUGCUGUUUUCUCUCCUUCAGCUAUGUCACAGCCUCGAAAAUGCUCCUGCUUUGCAAAGGUCUGCAGCUGGUGACAGCCGAGAACCAAUGGACAGUAACUGUGCAGAAAGUGAAGGAAUUAGUUGCAGCUCUUUGUUCAGCCAUGGACCGCAAAUUUCUGCGGAUGGAGUACAACACUGUCCUUUCAGAAACUACCUUAUUGGAUCCAAGGUUUAAAAAACUUGCCUUCAGUGAUCGUAGAGCUGUUGAUGAAGCUCUUCAGAGGAUUAGUGCAGCAGCAGCAGCAAAAUGCACCCCCAGCAGCCAGCCAGCUCCACCAUUACAGGGCCAAGUGGAGGAGGAGCAGCAAACCUCUGCUGUUUGGAGGCUUUUUGAUGACAGAGCUACAGGAGAUGCUUCAAGGAGAAAUCCGACAGCUGAUGCUAUAAUGGAGGUGAGGAGCUACCUUGAGGAGCCCCUCAUCCAGAGAGCAGAAGACCCACUGAGCUGGUGGCAGGCCAAGGCCUCAGUCUUUCCACUCCUGGUGAAGGUGAUGGAGGGGAGACUAUGUAUUGUUGCCACAUCAGUUCCUUCUGAGAGAAUCUUCUCCAAAACAGGGCAGAUACUCACGGAGAGGCGAAAUCGUAUCAGGCCUAUCAGCCCAUCCAAGCUGAGGCAUCUGAUCUUCCUGAAUGCCAACCUGCCCUGAGGACUAAUGCUGUUUGCUGGAGUUUGGUUCUGGUUUUGAUUCUGUUCUGUGGAUUUGUUUGAAGUUUAUUGUUAAUUUGUGCAAUAAAAAAGUUUAAUUGAAAUAAACAAAUGUAAGAGUGGUUUUGUCACAGAAUAAAUGCACAGAAUUAGGCAUUAUAAGGUCUCUCAUAAAAACACUGAAAGCAAAAGGGUUUUCAACACAUAAACCAUGAUUUUUUUUCAAAGUUAAGGUAAAAUAUAGGCUACAAAAGAUCCUAAAUAAAGAGCCGUUCGGGAGUCGAAAGAGCCGGCUCUUCUUUGGGAGCCGAGUCAAAAGAGCCGGCUCUCAGAAAAGAGCCGAACUUCCCAUCAUUAAU